AUGAGCAACGAUGGUGAAAAGGUGAGAACCUCCGGCGAGGUCUCUCGCGCGGAGCCGUCUCUCCCCACCGUCAAUCCUGCCGCCGAGAAGCCGGAACCUCCCAAGGCCUCGUUUCACCCGGCCGUAUACGUGAGCGCCUGGAUUACCUUGAGUUCCAGCGUCAUUCUGUUCAACAAAUAUAUCCUCGACUAUGCCAACUUCCGCUUCCCCAUCGUCCUGACCACCUGGCACUUGUGUUUCGCGACGCUCAUGACCCAGAUCCUCGCUCGUACCACCACCCUUCUCGAUGGCCGCAAAACCGUGAAGAUGACCGGCCGGGUCUACCUGCGCGCUAUCGUCCCUAUCGGUCUCUUCUUCAGUCUGAGUUUGAUCUGCGGCAACGUGACUUACUUGUAUCUGAGUGUUGCCUUCAUUCAGAUGCUCAAGGCCACCACCCCCGUUGCCGUGCUCUUGGCUACCUGGGGCAUGGGUAUGGCGCCCGUCAACCUCAAGGUCCUCAUGAACGUGGGCUUGAUCGUCGUCGGUGUCGUCAUUGCCUCCUUCGGUGAGAUCAAGUUCGUCUUCGUCGGCUUCCUCUUCCAGAUCGGCGGUAUCAUCUUCGAGGCCAUCCGUCUCGUCAUGGUCCAGCGCCUGCUCAGCUCCGCCGAGUACAAGAUGGAUCCUCUGGUUUCCCUGUACUACUUCGCGCCGGUCUGCGCGGUCAUGAACGGUGUGACCGCUCUGUUCCUGGAGGUUCCCAACGUCACCUGGGGCCACAUCCAGAACGUCGGUGUCUCCGUGCUCUUGCUCAACGCCAUCACCGCUUUCUUGCUGAACGUUUCCGUCGUCUUCCUGAUUGGCAAGACUUCGUCUCUGGUGAUGACCCUCUGCGGUGUCCUCAAGGAUAUCCUGCUGGUUGCCGCCUCCAUGAUGCUCUGGCAGACCCCCGUCUCCAACACCCAGUUCUUUGGCUACUCCAUUGCCCUCAUCGGUCUGGUCUACUACAAGCUGGGCGCCGACAAGAUCAAGGACUACGCUGGCCAGGCCAACCGGUCCUGGGCCGAGUUUGGCGUCAACCACCCCGUGCGCCGCAAGUCGAUCAUCAUCGGCGCCGUGGUCCUCAUCUUCUUCCUGUUCAUUGGCUCUCUGGGCCCCAACUACGCUCCUGAGCAGGUCGACCGUGUCAAGGGCAUGCUGGGCGGUGGUACUCCCGCUGCUCCUCCUGCCACCCCGUAA